AUGUCCGUGGCCUGCAUGAUCUACUUCAUGGCCAACCCGCCUAACCAUCUCUACCAGGAGGUGGAGUAUCGCGCCCCGCGCUGCAAGCUCGUCUCCGCCGUGGACGUUGAGGAGAAGACCUGGCAGGAAAGCUGGCUUGGCUGGGUUGCGGUGUCCUGGGCCAGCCCGUGGGUGGCGCGGUGGGGCCACUCCCAGGAUGCUGCCCUCACGAAGAUCAAGCCAGGGGACCUUCCGCAAGUCGGGGGGAGAGCGAUGCAGGCGAAAGAGUGCAGCGACUUCUUUGAGAAGCUCUGGCGCGAGGAAGUGGAGUCAGCUGGCGAGCUGCACGCCAGCCUGGCACGAGUCAUCAUCCGAAUCUACACGGUGAAGACGAUGCUUUGCCUGAUGUUAGUCUUGGCCUUGCAGAUCAUCGUCUCGCAAGCCUAUUCCGUCUACCUGGUCCAGAAAGCUUUGAGCUACUUCCACUGGGUGCAGGAAUACUACCAGGCCCAUGGUGUGCUUCCAGACUUGAGACAGCCCCUGCUGGUCGCCAUCCUCGUGUUCUCGGCGCUGCCGCUCAGCAACAUCGUUCUCAGCUCGAUCAACAACCACAUCUCUUGCCGCCUGGACCAGCGUCUCUGCGGUGGUCUCUCCUUGGCGCUCUUCCGCAAGGCCCAGAGGCUUCCUUCAGCGAAGCUGCAGGUGGACACGGAGAGAGACGAAGAGACUGCAAAGAACUCAGGCGCUUUGGUCCACAUGAUGCAAGCGGACCUUAUGACCUUGAUCAACUACGAUGUGAACACGAACCUUCAAGGAUUCUACGUUCAGCUCUGCAUGUGCGUGAACUCCACCGUCUCCGUCAUCGUCCUGUUGCUUCUCCUGUGGAACCGACUCGGCCUGGCGACGCUGUGCGCUGCCGCUGUGGCGGUUCCGGUCGUGUGGCUGUCUUUGUGGAUGAGUGCUGGCUUGGGCCAUGCCUCUUUCAAGAUGCAGGAGUGCAUGGACAAGCGCGUGUCGCUACUGCGCGAGGUGCUGUUCGGCAUACGGACGGUCAAGUGCUACGCGUGGGAGGAUGCCAUGUUCAACCGGAUCUCAGGGUCCCGGAGGGAAGAGGUGAGGAGCCUGACGCGGUACUACGGCUACCUGGGUGUCUUCGUGGGACUCUUCCUCAGCUUCCCCCGGCUCCUGAUCCUCUCCGGCGUGUGGGGCUACUCUGCCAUCUACGGGCAUCACGACGUGGCGACCAUCUUCACCUGCAUGCAGAUCCUGUCCAACUUGAAGAGCAACUGCGACCUCUUCACCAAGUCCUUGGGCCGAGCCAUCGUGAUCGGCCCGAGCAUUCGCCGGAUUGAGCAGUUCUUGAAGAUGACGGAGGCCCCCGUUCUCCCACCCGAGAAGACCCCGGAUUGGGUGAGCCUUUGGCCAAGCCAGGGACGAUUAGAGCCCGACCGCCCAGUGCUGUCUGCCAAAGUGGCUCCGUCCAGCCUCGUGGUGCGGGGGAGCUUUCGAUGGGCGCAGGACGCCCCGUCAGUGCUACACGACCUGGACCUCAAGGUUGGCCGUGGGGAGCUUCUAGCCGUCGUGGGGGCCGUGGGCGCGGGCAAGAGCACGCUCUUGCAGGCCAUCCUCGGGGAGCUGUACCCGGAGAACGGCAAGGAGGCCAACAUCAGCAGGCCUGAUGUGGUGGCUUACUGUUCGCAGAUCCCGCACAUUGCGGAAGGCACCCUGCGAGAGAAUGUGAUCUUCGGCCAGGAGCCGAUGGAGGAUCGCUACAAUGCUGCAAUCCGAGCAGCUGCGCUCGAAGGAGACUUGAAACUUUUUCCGGGCGGAGACCGCGUCCCAAUCGGGAGCAGAGGCGUGGCGCUCUCGGGCGGUCAGCGCGCCCGCAUCUCCAUGGCGCGGGCAGCCUACCACCAGUACGCUGAGCUGGUGUUGCUGGAUGACCCCUUUGGCGCGGUGGAUGCACCCACUGCCAUGCUGCUGCUGGACAGGCUGCUCUUGGGACCGCUCCUACAGUCGAAGACCCGAGUGGUGGUGCUGCAACCGGACGCAGAACGGAUCAAGAAGUUCGACCGGGUGGUCGUCCUCAAAGGCGGGCGCAUCAUUGAGAACGGCAUACCUGAGAAGGUGAUGCAGACGCAGGCCUACAAAGACCUCCUGCAAACCGCGGCGACGGAGUCAAGCCACAUCCUGGACGACGGCUCGCCCGAGUCCGCAAAGGAAGAGGAUGCCAAGGCGAGCCACAAGCCGGCCAGCAGUAGCACGGCCAGCAGCCUCCGCGAGGAGGAGGCCCAAGGGAGGCCCACCUGGGAGAUGGUGAAGCACUACUGCCGGGUGGGCCGGUGGAGGAACAUUCUGAACACCUGCCUGGUGUUCUUCAUGCAGAUCUACCUGUACUUGCUUUGUGACCUCGUGCUGGCCCACUGGACGAACACAAUGGCAGUGCACCCCGAGAUUGACGACCGGCCCUACCUGACUGGGUACCUCUUUUGGCUCGGGGCCGGGACGCUGUUCUGGGUGGUGUGCUGGCAUUUUGGCCAGCAGUUCACACUCCGAAUCUCGGCCCAAAUCCACGGAGACGUGCUGAAAAGGAUUCUCAAGGCGCCCAUCGACCGGUUCUUCGACAAGCAUCCUGUGGGCCGGAUCAUGAACCGCAUGUCAGCCGACCUGGUCGUUGUCGACCUCUACCUGUACAUGAAGGCCACUGGGACCAUUGCCAUCGUGUACCAGACCCUCAUCCCCUUGAUCUACGUGCACACGAUCCUCCCUCUAGUAGUCACCUUCCUGGCGAUUCCCUUCUACUACCUCAUCUGGACUCUCUGCAUGAGAUACUGGAACACCACGGUGCCUUUGCGGUACUGUAUGUCCACCGCGCGUUCAGAUGUGAACAGCUUGAUCUCCGAUGUCAUGAGCAACAAUGUGGUGAUUCGGGCCUAUCGCGACCAGGAUCGAAUCUCCAUGGAGAUGUGUGACGCUAUGGACAACCAGCUGAAAGCCGGCCUUUUGGGAGACCGCGUUUUGAGGAGAUGGCUGGUGAACCGCGUCAUCUUCCUUUGGAGCUUCUACACCACCUCCAUGUACAUCGUUGGCCUGCUCAAUGCCGAGUCGAUCGGUGCUGGAACCCUUGGUCUUUGCCUCACCAAUCUGCUCCUGCUUGAGAGUCUGAUUGAAGUCAACCUCGAGGCUGCUACGGGAGCGCAGUUCGAGUUCAUCGCCCUCUCAAGGAUACACGAGUACCUGAACAUCCCACAGGAGAAGGAGAUGAGGACUGUGGGAGAUACCCGGUACCGAUCCUUUACGGCCCGGUUGCCUGCCAAGGCCCUGGGCUCGCUUCGGUGGCAGGAGACAGAAAGAGGUGUCGAAGUGUCUCGCGCGAACAAAGUGCUGCUGCAGUCCACGGGCGAUGGGUCGGCGCUGAUGCCGGCCUCCGAAUGCAUCGCUGGAAAAGGCUAG